CCUUAAUCAGCUGAGGUGUUUUGUGUUUGUUGACAUAGUCCCUGAGUGCUGGGUGGCUUUCCGAGUGGAUAUUUGCGAUAUUUAGAGGCCAUGACGUGAGAUUCCAGACAGGUCACCAUGGACCGUGCGCACCUCUUUCUCUUGAGCCUUAGGGAUGAAGUUGUGGAGAAACUAGAAAUCGUUUGGAGUCAUGUGUUGGAGGCACUCCCAAAGAGUCACAACAAAGUCGGCGUAGCUUCAGGAGACUUGGGAGUCGACUCAGACGGACGGGUAUGGGUGGAAGUUGGUGGGCCGGGGCUGAAGCUCCGCGUGAUGCACCUCCACCCGGCCAACCCCUCCGUCGCAGAGGUCAUAUCAAUGAGACUCUCAGGAAUGGCCGAUGCAGAGCGGGGAGAAAACAUGAUCAGUCUCCCAGCAGAUGAUGAGAUUUCCUUGGCUUCGCUUGAGGACUACUGGUUCAACCACUGGCAAGGCCCGUACAUCAUGGCAGAUUCAAAUCAAAACAACGUUAACUUCAGAAGGUCCCGAAGGAGUUUGAGGAAGUCUAAGAGAAAAUUCCGGUGCUCUGUUUGUCAAAAAAAGAUAAUAAAUUCCAGCGGCCGUCAUGAGGAGCCGCAAGAAGCUCCCUGCUUUGAUGGUGAGAAUGUCCUAGCUCACGUGCCCUCCAUUAAGCUCGAGACCCGAAGCCCAAAGCUUGAGGACGCAGCAGCUGGGAGUUCUGAUGAUGAGUGCAUGAAGCCGGCCGUGAGUGAGGAAACUCUCUCCAGGCUAGGCUUGGGAAGAUAUAGUGCUAGUGAUGAGCAGCUGGCUAGGGCUUAUCGUGUGAUGGACAACGAACUCCGAACCAGUUUCACUCUCUUUAAUGAAGGAACAGUCACACAAGAUGUUGUUGAUGGCGUCAGCAUGGAUGUUCAUGAUGCCACUGGUUCUCCAGACUCCAGCCUCCAUCUUGUGCCUCCUCUCCACAGCCCUAGGCAGUCUAGAUCCUGUCCCUGUAGUCCCAAGCUUUCAGGGAGAAACCACAGUCCCAAGUCCAAUACUGACAGCCCUAAACCGAGGUCCCGUUCGGGUAGCUCGAAGUUCUCACUAAGUAGCUCUCUCUUGGCCAUCCAUCGGCAAGCGUCCAAUUCACUGAGACCAGACUUUCUCCGGUUUGACCUUGGCAAGGGGGAGCAGGGUGGGGGAAGCAGCUCCAAGAAUGGCUCCCAGCAGAGCAGCCUCAAAAGUGAGCUACGGCACUCUCGGUCUGCUGCCGAUGCACACAACAGCAGUUAUGCUGAUUCACAUCUAACUGCUACUAACAGCAUGUCAUUGAAGGGGGAAAGCAGUGGCAAUGAGACCUCAAGAAACGCCCUUCAUGAAAGCCACUCGCUUCCAACUCUGAAGCUCUCGAGAAUGUCCAUGAUAUAUAAGGGUGGCAUGAUUGUGAACCAGGACUCGCCUCAGAGCCUUACGUCAGACACCACUCGGCUGAUCAUGGAGGGAGCCUGCGCCCUGCCAUCAACACCAGAAGCGGAUUCUUACUCUGAGGAACGUGACCCACCCUCUAUGCUUCUCCCUGAUGUUGUGCCAAGGUACGAAGCCUCAGGCCCUGCGCUCAACCAGAUUUCUGAAACGGAGGUCUCGGUGCCAUCAACCCCUUCCUCUCCCAAAGAACAGGGCAUGAAGUACCACUUUGAUACCAAGGAGGGAGUCGUCAACCUGGGAUUUGACGGACACGAGGAAAGCUCUGACUACUCAGAUGUGAACGAACUCACAGGUGCCAAGCCAGCGGAAACGCCAAGUGAUUCUCCCCGUCAGAAGGGCAGAAGGGGAUCAACUGAUAGUAAUAUUGACCUCGGGAAGAGCAACAUCCAGCUUAAUAUUACGGACAUACAUGGCAUAUCUGUGGCUCAUUCCCCUCAGGGUCAGGAAGUGACAUUAUCCCUUGAGGUUCCACAGGGAGCCAGUCAGGCAGUGUCAGGCCAAGCAGGAGUGGACAACCUUUCUUGCGACACCUCUGAAGUGCUAUCCUUAAGUGGUUCAUCAGCACCCUCCAGCGCCCCCAGUACUAUUGCAGCUGACUCAGCCUUAUCCAAGCCACAAGCUCUGUUGCAGGAGGAGGAACAAGAUAAUGAACCUCUUUACGACCACAUGCUAGAGGCUCGACAGCUGGUCUUCUGGUGGCAGAGGACAAACCUGAAUGAUAAUUCAGAAUUCUGCCAAAACUAUGCUGAAUGUAAAGUUAAACAAAAGCCUUUGUUACUUUUCCUACAUGGUAUGGGUGGGAGUAGUGACGCUUGGAGGCAACAGCUUUGGUAUUUUGUCAGCUGUGGAUAUGAGGUUGUGGCACCAGACUUGAUGGGUCAUGGGCUGAGUUCAGCUCCAGACGACCCAAAGCAGUACACAUUCUCGCAGAUGCUCGAUCACAUGACCCUCGUGUUUGACCUCUUUGUGCCCCAGGGAAGGAAGUGCGUUGUCAUAGGACAUGGAUACGGGUGCUCCUUAGCAGCAGCUCUAGCAAGAGGUCGCCCACAUUCCGUCCGUCUGGUGAUCUUGGCGUGCAGUGGCGGUCCAAGCCCCCUCGUACCCACCCCUCCUUCCAAAACCUUCCUGCAUUCGUCUAUGGCGGCUUUCCUCAGUCCCUUCCUGGCUUGUGGGUGCUGCAGCAGAGAGAUUUUAUAUGCACCAAGAGGAAAGCAUUUUGCUGUCGAAACCUUGACAGGAAAGGCAAUAACACCGACUCCACGCUAUGUCCUAGAGUAUGUUGCCAAGGGUCAGCACUGGCCAGAGGGUGAUGUGGCCUUCCAUCGACGCAUAACAGUGCCGACACUUCUCCUGCAUGGAAUGAAGGAUGAUAGGGUCUCAUUAGUAGAAAUGUGUGAAAUGGAAAGGACCAUCCCGAGAGCAUUCCUAGAGAUGAUCCCAAGCGCGGGUCAUGACCUAAUGACAGAUGCACCAUUGGAACUGUGUCACUCGCUUCACCGUUUUAUCAAGAGAUGGAAAAGACAACUUUGAUGAACGAAGGUCAUCGUAGUGAUUGUUUAAGAAAUUUGGAUGUUGAUGAGUAAUUUGACAAUGCAAAGUGUGCAAUUAACAUUUCAGAGUGAGGUCUUUCAGAAUUAUAUUGUUCUGAAGCUGAUGGAAAUAUCUAGAUAUUAGAUUUGUAUUGUGAAAUUGGUCACUCCCAUUCUUCAGUAGCAAAACGUGAAGUAAAGUCACAAAAGCACAAAGACAGUAACAUGUGAAAAAUAAAAUGAAUUGGCCACUAUAGGAAAAGCAACUCAGUAUCACAGGUGUUUCAAUGCAAACAAGACUCCAUCCAGAAAUAUGGAAUAGGUUAAUCCGUUUUAACCUGUAUGUGGAUUUGCUUAUUGUAUUUUUCGUAUGUGGCAGUAUUUUAUUUUGUAUCACAUAGUCAUCUUUGAGUGAUUAAUGCCAAAAGGAGUAUUAUACUCAUCUAAAAUCAGGUUGAUUAUUAUUGCAAUUAUUCUUUUCUUUUUUUUAUAAUUAAUGUAUAUUUGUAAAUAAUAUAAAAUUACUGUGAAACUUUAUUCUUAUCGGUACAGAGUUGAGAUUUUUUCCAUGAAUUUCUUAAAGGUGACAUUUUAUAGUAUAUUAAGAGAUUAUCAUACUCUUUUAUUAUAUGUAUACAUACUCUUUUACUCCUUCAUCAUAUGUAUCAUAGCUAAUGUAGCUGUUAUAGAACCACGGUGUGUUUGUUGCAUCAGAGAAUAGUCUUUCUAUUUACUUUACAAGAGUGAGAUCAGAAUCAUUACAGAUUAUGUCGCACACUGCUCACUGCUGUGCAUUUUCCUGCCUUAAUUUCUUUUGUCGAAGGGGAAGCGUAUUUGGCCUCUGUUUUGUAGAAUCAUUUGGGGAAUCAUUUGUGUCUCUGUUGACCAAGUGUUCGUGGAGGAUUGGGUUAACUGUAGUUGAAUGUCCGUCCAACAAUAUAUACUUAAUUGGGUGAUUAAGAGAUUGAGAAUACUAUAUUCGUCAAUAU